AAAUUUGCCGCGUUCAAGGUCGAAGAUCUUUUCGCGCGAAAGACAGAGCCAGGUCCUCAACGUACCAUUUUUGUGAACGAGAACCUCCCCGAUGACUAUCGUGACCACCGGGGACGGGUGAAACGCGAGCAUGUAUAUGCCACAAAUCAAGUUAUCACCUCAAAGUACACUAUCAUCACCUUCGUACCCAGGAAUUUACUAGAGCAAUUUCGACGUGUCGCAAACAUAUUCUUCCUCGGAAUAGCCAUCCUGCAGUUUUUCAACAUAUUUUCAACCAUCUCGCCCGGGCUUGUUCUCCUCCCACUUCUUAUCGUCCUAUCUAUAACUGCUAUUAAGGAUGGGUACGAGGAUGUAAAGAGACAUCAGUCUGACCGCACCGUUAACCACUCCAUGAUUCGCGUUCUCGCUGGGGGUAACUGGGUCAAUCCCAAUGCCAUGCAAAAGAAGAGCAAGACGUUUGUCCGGGGGUUGGUGCCAAGACAGCGCCCCAAAAUCAAAAAGGUGUUGACGUCCAAUUCGAACGGCGAGGAACUUGCAGGAGUGACAACUGCUGCAACUGCAGUCUCAGAACAUGUCGAGUACGAUGAUCAAGUGGAAGAGGCUCAUAUGCUUCCUACCGUCUUUGCGCACGACGGUACGGACCGGCUUCGGCCGCAUUGGAAGAUGACGCCCUGGGAAAACGUGGCUGUCGGUGAUUUCGUAAAGAUCAUGAACAACGAGUCCUUCCCUGCCGACAUCCUCAUUUGCUCGACGUCAGAGGACGAGAACGUGGCGUUCAUAGAAACCAAAAAUCUGGACGGCGAGACCAACCUCAAAUCCCGCAACGCGGUUCCAGACCUGACUCAUAUUCGCAGUGCAGCGGAUUGUGCGUCCGCGCAUAAUAAAUUUCGGAUUGAAUGUGACCGGCCUGAUGUGAACAUGUACAAGCUCAACGCGGCUGUGAAGGUUGGCAAGGAGGUAUUCCCUGUGGACAUGCAAAUGGCUUUGCUGAGGGGCACUGUGUUGAGGAAUACAGAAUGGGUGAUUGGCGUGGUUAUGUACACCGGUCAUGAUACCAGGAUUGUGAUGAAUUCCGGUGUUACUCCGAGCAAGAGAAGCAAAGUGGAGCGACAAAUGAAUCCGCAGGUGUUCAUAAACUUGAUCAUUCUGGCUAUUAUGGCCGUGGUUUGUGGUGUUGUCGAUUCCGUUCUUGAGCACCGAUAUUUUCCAAGGGGUGCUCCUUGGCUCUAUGGUGAAACGCUGUCGGACGACAAUCCCUCUAUCAACGGACUGAUCACAUUCGUGUUCGCCCUAAUCACGUUCCAGAACAUCGUUCCCAUCUCGCUCUACAUAUCGAUUGAGUUUGUUCGAACGUGUCAGGCAGCUUUUAUCUAUUUCGAUACCGAUAUGUAUUACGAAAAAACGGGCCAGCCAACAAUAGCCAGAACGUGGAAUCUGACGGACGACCUUGGCCAGAUUGAAUACAUAUUCUCGGACAAAACUGGUACACUUACGCAGAACUUGAUGAUCUUCCAAAAGUGCUCCAUUGGCGGGAAAAUCUACAACGGCAAUCCGGAGGAGGAAGAGGAAAUAAAAAAAGAACCCCCAGUUUAUCCUUCCGAAAAGGACAGCAAAGACAUUCCACUCGUCGACAUUCCGUCGUCUUCCGCUGGCUCCUCCACAAGGGUGGACAAAACGGGCACCAGGGAUUCCGCCGUUCCGGCCAUGAAAAAGGCUUCUAACCAGCCUCUACGCCACUUCCGCGACGGCGAGCUCUCCCAGGACUUGAGGGAGGCUGUUCACGUCGACCCUAACACUCCGAAUGCCGCUCAUGCCCGACAGCUCAAUGGAUUUUUCACCGUUUUGGCGCUCUGCCAUACAGUGUUGACAAACAUUGAUCCAGUGACGAGGAAGAUUGAAUACAAGGCACAGAGUCCGGACGAAGCUGCGCUGGUAGAGGCGGCCGCAGACAUGGGGUUUAUUUUUAGGGGGCGAGAUAAGGAGGUGUUACUUCUACAGACACCGUUUUCUCACAUGGCUCACGGAGAUGGGGUCGAACGAUACGAGCUCUUGAACAUAUUGGAGUUUACGAGCGCCAGGAAGAGGAUGAGCGUCGUUAUAAGGAAGCUGGAUGAUGAUGGGAGGAUAUUUUUGUUGAGCAAGGGCGCGGAUAAUGUGAUUUUUGAGAGGCUGAAGCCGGGGUCUGGGGAGGAGUUGAAGGCGGCCACUGAGAAGCAUUUGGACGAGUUCGCCAACCAGGGAUUGAGGACCCUGACGAUGGCUUAUAAGGUCAUCGGAGAGGAGGAAUACCGGGAAUGGAGCGAACGCUAUCAUGCAGCCACAGUAUCAAUGGAAGAUCGCGAGGGGAAAGUUGAACUGUUAUGCGACGAGCUUGAGCGGGAUCUUCGCCUCCUUGGCGCUACAGCCAUUGAAGACAAGUUGCAAGAUGGCGUUCCCCAAACCAUUGCAGAUCUCAAGAGGGCAGGUAUCAAGAUGUGGGUGGCUACAGGCGACAAACUUGAGACGUCCAUCGCCAUUGGCCACAGCACAAACCUCAUUGCCAGAGACUCCAACAUCAUCGUGGUCCGCGGAAACCAAUCCGGGCGACCUGUCUAUGACCAGCUCGUACAUGCUGCUGAGGAGUUUUUCCCGGACAGUGGCAUAUUGGAUGGAGAAGUGCCUCUUGCUCGUCCGUCAACUGCAGACUCGACGUAUAGUCACCAUCCUACGAACGGUGGGCACCUGCACAGAACGCAAACGGGCAUGUCGUCAAUUGUUGGAGCUAACAACGGAGAACGACUUGGUGGAUUUGUAUUGGUCAUUGAUGGGGCGGCGUUGGACCUUGUUUUCGAUGAUGAGAGCAGUAAAAACCUCCUUCUCAGACUCGCCAUGUUGUGCGAGAGUGUCAUCUGUUGCCGUGUAUCGCCGUUGCAGAAGGCUCUUAUUGUGCUGCUGGUGAAGGAUGGAAUCGGAGCGAUGACUCUUGCCAUUGGCGAUGGAGCCAACGAUGUUAGCAUGAUUCAAGCUGCUGAUGUGGGCGUUGGCAUCUCAGGUGAAGAAGGUUUACAAGCCGUCAACUCGUCAGAUUAUGCGAUUGCUCAGUUCCGUUUCCUAAAACGAUUGAUCCUGGUCCAUGGGCAUUGGUCAUAUGCACGAAACGGGAACAUGAUCUUGAAUUUUUUCUACAAGAAUAUAGUUUGUAUCGGUGUAUUGUGGUGGUUUCAAAUCUAUUGUUUCUGGAGUUCCGCUUAUGUAUUCGAAUAUACCUACCUCCUAUUCUGGAACUCAUUCUGGACGAUUGCGCCUGUCAUUGGUAUUGGCUUGUUUGAUCGGGUAGCUGAUGAUCAUGUCUUGAUGGCCUUGCCUGAACUUUACUGGUAUGGACGUGAGGGGAAGUGGUUCGGGAUUCGGGACUUCGCGAUUUACAUGUUCGACGGGGUUGUGCAGUCUGCUAUCAUCUUCUUCCUCAUUCUCUAUACGUAUUUCUCUACGUCUAGCCGUACUACUGGCUGGGCGGUUAGCACAUACGAAUUUUCAACGACUAUGGCAUUUGCUGCUGUAUUUACCGCAAACUUUUUCAACGGUCUUAACACGAACGUUUGGACCGCCUGGGUGUUCUUCGCCGUGUUUAUUGGAGACUUCCUGAUAUUGGUGUACACCGCCGUCUACAAUACUAUCUCACCUGGAUGGAUCGUUACUCCCGUGUUCGGCAACAAUCACUUCUUGUUCCCAUCAGCAUAUUUCUGGCUUUCCCUUCCACUCACCAUCCUCCUCGCCCUUCUGCCACGAUAUCUUUGGAAAGCCUGGAAGUUCGGUUUCCACCCGGACGACAUGGACACCGUUCGUUACAUUCACAAGAUGGACCCCACAAGAGAUUUAUCGCAGGAC